AUGGCGGGCGGAGGUGAUAGUGAUGCGGUGCCAAGAGUCACCGAACAAAUGAGAAUAAUGAUUGCCGAGGAGGUCAUCAUGCCACCCAGAUUCCUUCGAGGUAGAGGCAAAGGACCCGUGACAGGUCAUGAUCACGAAGCCGGGCCUUCGCACCGGCGAACCCCAUCCAUUACUAUGAGCACCAGCCCGCAAGAGCCCUGGAGACUCUAUGUCGAACCAGGAAGGCGAUCAGUAUCCCUUAGCUCCUCUCCUUCGUACCAACAUUCAUUUGGGCCCAAUUCUGAAAACGAACCCAAUAACCAGCCUCCAGCUUUCAUACCUCUCCAAAGAUCCAAUUCUCACCAUUCUUUUGGCAGCCCAACACCCGUCUUCCAAAGCCGGUUUAACCCGGCUAACCUUUUGCCUGAACCCAUGGGUUUUAACCCACUCGGACCGGGAGACCACUUUCCAGAGGAGAACGACAUGGAUGAGGAUACUGACCCCGUGGAGCCAGCAUCAGGAACGCCGAACCAUCCCAUCGAGAUAUCAGAUGGGUCAUCAUUUCAUGGAUCGCCAUAUCGUGGUCCAGACAGCUACGAGGAAAGGUUCCGAAACAUUGACUGGUACUUCACACCGUCUGAACACUCGCAUCAUGAGCAACAACAGGAUCCUUCAGUGGGUCAUCAAUUUGUGGCAGUCACGCCACCGCCGCCACCGCCAGUAGAGCCGCAGCAGCCGCCUCCGGAGCCACCAAGGCGAAGAAGGUCUAAUGCACGGAUGUCCGUGCGAGGUGGAGUUCGGAUUGCUACUCCCCAGCCAUCUAGUGGCAGCCAUUAUCCCCCACUUCAGGAGGAAGAAGACCCCUAUGAUGGUGGUCCGUCAAGCCCCAUACCAGAUGUCAACUCAGUACCUGUGGUACCACCUCUGGGUUUCGAUAACCCGAUUCCUGCAUAUGCUGGGUCAGCGGCGUACAACCCAUUUGAGCAGCCGGCACACACCCACUACAACUACAACUACGGUUAUGCAGAGGUAGAUCCAUACCUAGUAGCUCGGGAUUACAAUGCUCUUCAUCCUGAAGGACCAUAUGGAGGGCCAUGGACUACUGGUUACCCGACUUAUGGGUACCAGCAUCAGCCACCUCCUCCGCCGGUGUAUCAGCCGCCUCAGCCACCGAUUCAACAGGAAGUUCUUGAGAGGCUGAGCCAAGUCGAACAAGAAGUUCGUGAAGACCGCAAAGAGCGGCAAGGAUUCUUCAAGGGGCUGUCAGAUUUGCUUAAGGGGAAAUCGAAGAGGAGGGGUCAUUGA